ACUACAGUAUAGGAGGUCGUCAUAGAAAUGCAUUGAUUGGGCUGUUAGCACUAAAUCUCGUUUUGUAUAUCUAUGCGCGCUUGGACUCGAUAAUAACGUAUGACGUAGGUCAUCGCCAAUCACAUUUCUUAUUGAAAAUAAUUUGCCCCCACACUACAAUGACUGAAUAACAGGCGUCUUUGGACAGACUUUUUACGGGGAAAAGGGAACCUGACGAGCCAGAAGCUGUGCUUACAACCUCGAAGAAAACAAAAUUUAUGCUACUUCCCAAUCACUAAAGACCCAGGAACUGCGAAGGAGUGAAUUCGUGACCCGUAUGUGAAUAAACAGAGUGAUUCGAGCAUGUCUGUGGAACAGGAAUAUCAGCUUGUAGAGAUCGCAAAUCACGACGACUUAAAACGUACAUUUGAGACAACAACUCUACCGAAGUUCUGGAUUAAAGUCAUUUCGGAAUAUCCUGACAUCGCUAGGAGUGCGCUGAAAACUGCUACAAUUUCCAACAUCGUGUAUUAGGGAUGCUAGCUUCUCUCACUCUCCCAUCUCGGGACCAUCUCGUCUCAACGAAACAAACUCAGGCCUCCCACCGAUUCAGCGGGCACCAUGAAUCUCUCAACACGUUCCUCAACGGUUCCCUCCAUCCUCUGACCCCGCCUUCUUUUGGUCAUCCGGUCAUCUUCCCGCGCCGCACCUCCUCCUCCGCACCGCCACCUCUGGCUCAAAGGGACUACGGCGCCCCUCGUACACUAUGGCGGGGGAGAAAGGGCCCAGCAAGCGAAGCACCAUGGAUAUCAAGCGACUGGCCAGCCUCAUCCAGAGAGGGACAGGUCGCCUACUGGUGAUUGAUAGCAGGACCUUUUCCGAAUAUAACGCGUCGCACGUGCAGGGAGCGAUCAACGUUUGCUGCUCCAAGCUGGUCAAGAGGCGGCUGCAGCAGGACAAGGUGGCGGUCACUGAGCUGCUGCAGCCCAACUGCAAAAUGAAGGUGGAGCUAGGCAGGAAGCAGGAAGUGGUGCUUUACGACCAGAGUUCCAAAGAAGCCGCUCAUCUGGCCAAAGACGGCUUUGUGCACAUUCUCAUGAGCAAAUUGGAGGGAACCUUCCACAAAGUCUCCUUGCUCACCGGAGGCUUCGCGGCGUUCUCCUCCUGCUUCCCCGGCCUGUGCGAAGGGAAGCCGCCGGCCGCUCUUCCCGUCAGCUUGUCGCAGCCCUGCUUACCCGUGGCCAACGUGGGGCCCACUCGCAUCCUGCCGCACCUCUACCUGGGUUCCCAGAAAGACGUCCUCAAUAAGGAUCUGAUGUCUCAGAACGGCAUAACCUACGUGCUAAACGCUAGCAACACGUGCCCCAAGCCGGACUUCAUCAGCGAAAGCCACUUCAUGCGCAUCCCGGUCAACGACAACUACUGCGAGAAAUUGCUCCCUUGGCUGGACAAAACCAACGAAUUCAUCGACAAAGCCAAGGUGUCCAACUGCAGAGUCAUUGUGCACUGCCUGGCCGGAAUCUCGCGUUCGGCGACCAUCGCCAUCGCGUACAUCAUGAAGACCAUGGGCCUGUCGUCGGAUGACGCCUACAGGUUCGUAAAGGACCGAAGACCCUCCAUAUCUCCCAACUUUAACUUCCUGGGUCAGCUGCUGGAGUUCGAGAAAGGUUUGCGACUGCUCCGAGCGUUAACUUCAGGCGCCGACGACGAGAACCCGGAAGGCCGCUCCGACCUCAACGGCGUCGACGCGUGUUUGGAGAUGAACCCCGGUCGCUACGACUCGCCUGCGGCGGAGCCCCAAAACCCGGAGCCCAAAGUAGCGUCGCCCUCGUCCCUCCGGCGGGGCUUCAACGGCCUGCGCCUCUCGGCCGACAGGAUCGUGGACACCAAUCGCCUGAAACGUUCCUUCUCCCUGGACAUUAAAUCGGUGUACUGCCCCGACGGCCCGCGCUCGGCCGCCUUGCCCGCGCACUCCCAAGACGUCCCCAAACUGUGCAAACUGGACAGCCCGACCUCCGACGGCGUCCCGGACAGUCCCGGCUCCUCCGACUCGCCCUUCCCUUCGCCGGGAAGCGAGGGGGUCCACCGGCCCGCCUCUUCCAGGUCCAGGAGGAAAGCCAAGCACGGCUCCGGCGCGUCGCCGAUCCGUUUCCGGCAACUCCCGCUGCUGCCGCCGCAGUCCCUCUGCCUGUCUCUGGACGAGAACUCCAAGUGUCCCUCGCUCCUGGCGCCGCCCUCUCUGCCCUCCCUGGGUUCCGGCGCCAUGUGGACCAAACACAGAGACGGCGUCCGGGCCGGCACCCCCGUCACUCCCGUCGCCGCCGAGGACCCGUGGCGCUCGGAGGAGGGCGGCGAACCGGAGCCGGACGGCGGAGGGACCCGCUCGCCCCUCCGCUUCGGGAGCAGCUCGGCGUACGUGGCGUUCGGCUGCAGCGAAGCGGCGCGCUUACGGGACAAACCCGCCAAGGAGAAGCCGCCGCGCGACGCCAACAACGACAAACAGUUCAAGCGGCGCAGCUGCCAGAUGGAGUUCGAGGAGGGCAUCUCCGAAACGCGCUCCCGGGAAGAACUGGGCAAGAUCGGGAAACAGUCCAGCUUCUCCGGGAGCCUGGAGAUCAUCGAGGUCUCCUGACACCAGGAGAAGGCCUGUUCGGAACCGUAAUGGACAUGUCCUAAAGGCGCUGAACUUCUGCACCCUUAUCCUUUAGAACAACUUGGUUUUGGACUAAACCGUGGAGUGGUUCUGAUGGGUACGUGACUCUAUAUUGCGACCCGAAGCGACCUCCCACGUCGGUGUCCUGCCACCCCAAACGUAGAUAUCGCACGAGGCUAGAUGUCAUGUGCGCACCGUGAGGCAAUUGCCGGCCAUUCAGGGCAGCUCCAUUCAAACCAAUUAACAGGAAUGGCCUUGAAAUGACUACAGAUGACUCCAUUUUCAACCCAUUUUAUAAAUGUGAGAGACGAAACAAGUUGUCAGCACACUGCCAUCAAAGGCGAUAGACAUCCAGUCCAUUUUUACUGGGAGGGCUGUCAGUCAGCCCCUCCCAGUCAAAACGGAUCGCCGAGGAUGGAAAACAACAUUCAUUUGUGAAACGACAUUAAAGCCGUUCCAACGGUAAAGCCAGAGAAGUCCCCUUUCCCAACAUGGCUACUAGCUAGUCCAAAAAAGUUUAGUGGGCUAAAGCCAAGCCAGAGAAGUCUCCUGUCCCAAAAUUGCCACCAGUUAAGAAUAUUUUAGUGGAGUACAGCUGGAGCAGUCUCGUGUCCAAAAAUGGCUGCCGGUUACUUCAGAGAAUUUUUUUGUGGCAUAAAGCCAGGAAAGUCUCCUGUCCCAAAAUGGCCAGCAGUUAAGAAUAUUUUGGUGUAGUAAAGCUAGAGAAGGAAUCUGCCUCAAAAUGGCCGCCAGUUAACGCUUGGCAGAGUAAAGCUGCUGAAUGUUCCUGUCGUAAAAUGGCCACCAGUUAAGAAUAUUUUAGUGGAGUACAGCUGGAGAGGUCUGUCCCAAAAUGGCUGCUGGUUACUACAGAGAAUUUAGGGUAAAGCCAGAAAAAUCUCCUGUCCCAAAAUGGCCGCCAGUUAAGAAUAUUUUAGUGGAGUACUAGCUGGAGAGGUCUGUCCCAAAAUGGCUGCUGGUUACUACAGAGAAUUUUUAGUAAAGCCAGAAAAAUCUCCUGUCCCAAAAUGGCCACCAGUUAAGAAUAUUUUGGUGGAGUAAAGCUAGAGAAGUAACAUGUCUCAAAAUGGCCGCCAGCUAACUUUUAGUGGAGUAAAGCCGCAGAAUACUUCUGUCCCAAAAUGGCUGCUAGUUAACGCUUUUAGCGGAGUAAAGCUGCAGAACGCUCCUGUUGCAAAAUGGCCAGCAGUUCAGAAUAUUUUAGUGGAGUAAAGCCAAGCCAGAGAGGUCUUCUGUCCCAAAAUGGCCACUAGGUAAUAAUAUUUUAGUUGAGUAAAGCCAGACAAGUCUUUUGUCCCAAAUAGCCACCAGUUAAGAAUAUUUUAGUGGAGUAAAGCCAUGCCAGAGAAGUCUUUUUUUUCCCCAAAAUGGUGGCUGGUUACUUAAAAGAAUUUUUGGUGGUGAAAAGCCAGAGAACUCUGCUGUCCCAAAAUGCCACCAGUUAAGAAUAUUUCAGUGGAGUACAGCUGGAGAGGUCAUGUGUCCCAAUAUGGCAGCAGGUUACUUCAAAAAAAAAAAAAAAAAAUUGUGGAGUAAAGCCUGAAAAGUCUACUGUCCCAAAAUGGCCACAAGGUAACUCUUUUAGCACAGUCAAGCUGUAGAAGGCUCCUGUCCCAAAAUGGCCACCAGUCAAGAAUAUUUUAGUGGAGUAAAGCUCGAGAAGUCCUCUGUCCCAAAGUGGUUGCUAGUUACUUAAAAGAAUUUUUAGUGGUGAAAAGCUGGAGAACUCUGCUGUCCCAAAAUGGCCACCAGUUAAGAAUUUUUUUUGUGGAGUAAAGUUAGACACGUUUCCUGCUCCCAAAGUUCUGCCAGUUUUACUAUUUUAGUGGACUAAAGCCAAGCCAGAGAAGUGUUCUGUCCCAAAAUGGCCGCUAGUUAAAACUCUUUUAGUGGUGUAAAGCUGGAGAAGGCGUCACUCCCAAAAUGACCACCAGAAUAAUAAGAAGAAGAAUAUUAGACAACUUUCCUGCUCCAAAAGGUCCACCAGUAUUUUAGUGUAGUUAAGCCAAAGAAGUCAUCUGUCCCAAAAUGGCCGCCAAUGAAGUGUUUUUAGUGGAACGAAGCCAGUCGUCGUCUCCUUCCCCAAAAGGGCCACCAGUUUCAAUUUUAGUGGCGUGAAGCCGGAGAAGUCUCCUGUCCCAAAAUGGCCGGCAGCUUUUUUUUGCCUCCCGAUUCCAGCCUCAUAUGCGAUAUCUCCAACCCCAAAGCACAGCGGUCCACGCCGGGACAAAGAACUGAAUAUACUGUAUAUGUACAGCGACCCAAAAGGACUUUUAAUUUAUUGGUCAUUCUGGUAAUGAGAUCUAAUAUAAUGUUUUGUGGAUUGAUUUCCUGAUUAUUAUUUGCUGUACGCUAUUUAUGAACGCCCGUAGACGCGUCGGAGCCAGCAAUAUCCGCUUUCUUUCCUUCUCAGGGGAUCUUUCGGUGAGCCCGGCACAUCGGCACAACACGUCCAGAGCCAAUCCCCUUCGUGCUUAUUUAUUGUGUGUGUGUGUGGCAUUUGACCUACCUUGUGCUGCUGCUGCUACAACUUCUGAUAGAUUCCUUCCUUUUGUCGGCAACGGAGCUCCUAAAUCCCUCCUCCUCCAUGGAAUUAUUUAUGAUAUGUAAGAAAUCUGAUGCAGGCUGUCCCAUUUGCUAUUCCCAUGAAGUUGUAAAUAGCAAGACGUGGAAGAACACUGAGUUUUGAAAAGGCUAGCUAGGCCGCUUGACGCUAAAAAAAAAAAAAUACCUCAGGUUCGAUUGAAAGGCUUUUCCUUCCCCUGUACAUGUUUUGUGAAAAUGAGACGAAAUACAAACAUGACAAAAUACAAAA